AUGGAGGCCCUAGUGGAAGAAGUCCGGAGACAGGCCAAGGCCGGUGAUGAGAAAACACGCAAGGAUAUCUUGGAUUCACUGAGCAAGCUGUAUGCUUCUAUCGAAUCUCCAGAUGAUACUGUUCAGCGCUUUACCUUCUACAACAUGCAACUGGCUUGUAUCCGCACCGCCAUCGAUCUAAAGCUAUUCGAGCUAUUAACACAGGCCGAUGGCCCCCUCACUGUGGACCAGCUGAGUGAGAGCACGGGAGCCAAUCCAGUGUUCAUGGGCCGGUUACUGCGUUAUUUGGCUUCCUAUCACGCCGUCCAGGAGGUGGCCAAAGAUACGUUCACUGCGUCCAACAUCUCUAGAACCUUUUCCCAGCGUGGAUUCCAAGCUGCUGUUGGCCAUCUCUUCAACAAUGCCGGCCCGUCCAUCCAGGAUCUUCCGGCCUUCCUGGAAGAGAACGGAUACCCCGAUAUUCAGGAUAAUGUAAAGACACCUUUCCAGAGAGUCAUGAACACGGAAUUACCGGCAUUUCUAUGGCUGCAAGAACACCCUGAGAAUUUGGCAUUCUUCAAUGAACACAUGCAAGCCAAUCGAUUCGGCAUGCCCACCUUCUUGGAUGUCUUUCCAGCCCCGGAUAAGGCCAGUGAAACAAGCGCCGACCGAGCCCUUUUCGUGGAUAUUGGAGGAGGGUUCGGUCAGCAAGCUAUUUCCUUCCGGGAAAAGUACAGCCAACUCGAAGGCCGAGUGAUUGUUCAGGAUCUGGCCCCGACCACGGCCAACGCGACACAGCAUCCUGGCGUAGAGUUCAUGGCUUAUAACUUUUUCACUCCCCAGCCAGUGAAAGGAGCGAAAUUCUACUACUUGCGGAAUAUCCUCCACGAUUGGCCAGAUCACAAGUGCGUGGAGAUUUUGCAGAAUAUCAAGGAUGCUAUGGCCCCAGACUCUUAUAUCCUGAUUGAUGACAUGGUCCUGCCUAAUGUUGGCGUUCACUGGCAGCAGGCACAAUUAGACAUGCUCAUGAUGGCGGCCUUGGGCGCUCGGGAGCGAACUCAGGAACAGUGGAAUCAGCUGUUACAGAGCGCAGGGCUGAAGAUUAACAAGGUGCACACGUACACGGAGAGCUUGCAGGAUAGUAUUAUCGAAGCCGUUGCUGCAUAA